GAGGUCGAUCUGAACUAUUCAUACAGCAACAUCUUGGUGGCGUUCAACGUAUGAUUUACCCCUCAAUUAAUCUCGGAGCUUGCAAAGAUGCAACGAAAAGCUGGGAAAUUACUACCACAAAGACAAUAUCUUAGUUUUCUUCCUCUCCAUAAAAACAAUCAUCUCUUUUAAUAAGAAUUUAUCUCACCAAGUCUGCCAAAUUUCAAUUUACAUAUUCAAAUCUUCUAUUGUGGAAGGCAAAGCAAGGGCUAUUAUCAUUCUUGCAAAGAUGGGUACUCAAAAAGAUGAUUCUGCGGAGUCCAGCAGGUUUACCCCUCCUAGCCCCACCGUGGAAUGCUUUUGUAGAUCUUAGUCUGACUUUAACUAACAUUUUCCUCAGGCAAUGAUCCUAAACAACCUCAUGAGCAAGCAACUAGGUAGGUUUAGUAACCCCAUUCUAUUUCACUUGUAAUCUAAUACUCAAAUAGAACACCGGAUAAUGCCAGUAAUACCAAUGCAACUCAGCCAAACCCUUCAAGUCUCCUUAGGCGCGCUGAGUCUGACUCUGUUCCUCCGCACUACUGGGCGCCGCAACCAGUCCAUCCUCCAGUUGCCCUUUCCCCACCCACAAAACUCAAUCCGAGUAUGUUCCAAAGAAGAGCUUUACCUGUCUUCACCCCUCUUCCCACCGCGCGACUGUAUCCGACUGGAGGAGCCACUAGAGAGCCAAAUCAUGGGUUCUCUAGCAACUCCUUCCAAGCAACAGGAGCUGCGGUGGCCGUUGAUAGUGGUAUGGAUAACGUCAAAGCUGUCUCUGUCCAUAAUAGUAUCAUUACCAAGAGAUCAAGAAAGAGCCAAUCUAAAGGUGGCGCUAAUUCGUCGGCUUCUUCUACCAAGUACUCUGGGAUCCAAAAGUCUAAAGCUUCACCGUCUAAAAGAGGCAAGCCGGCAAUCGAGAAUACAAAUGCAUAUAUCGACCGAAUAACUGGGGAUCUUGGUAAGUAGCUCUGCGCCUGACUACCUCUCUUUCCUUACUAACGAAGCCAAGCUUUUGCUCUUGCAAAUCUGCAAUCUGCUCAGGCUACCAUAGCAGCUAUUCAAGCUGAUCUUGCCAGCAGAAAUGCUAGAAGAGCUCUAGCAGCUUCUGCUGCUACAAUAGAGAGCUCUGAAGACGAAAGCGGAAAAAAAGGUCAGCUUCUUCACUGAUCUGCAAAUAUACUGAUUCACUAAUAAACCUAAGAUCCAGCCAGACCAUCUUCGUACUAAGUGUCACAGCCAGUUGUACUAUAUCAAGUCAGCAUUAUACAAUCAGUGGUCUUUGAGCGAUGGGAAAAUUUCAGCAUAGUUGUACACAAAUUAGACACGGCUUUAGUAGCUUUUUUGUAUAUUAGGGUAGAUUUAGUACAAUUUAGGGCUCGCUGGCGUUCUUU